GUCAUUUCCGGUGCCGCAGGAAUAGCGCUGCACAAGCCGGAAGUGUGAGGCGUGUUUUCUUCCCGACGCGUUUGAGAGGUUUCUAGAGGAUGGCUACCAGGAGAAGGGCACGUGAAACCGCCUGUUGACAUGCUGGUUCAUGAAGAACGAAGAGAUGGGGCUGAUCUAUUAAAAUUAAUACCUAUCAAUACACCAGAUACUAUUGGAGAUGCCCAUUAUACUUUAAAGGGCUUUUAAAAGGAGAUAUUUUUUUCUGUUUUUGGAAGUUGUUACCUUCUGGAGCCAUGACUCCUUCCACCAGUUCUGUGUACAGGAAACUUCUGUAUUUGUCCCCUUACUGUGGCCAUCUUGGAGUGAUUUUGGCCAGGAACUGUGUCCUGCAUCCUUGCCACAGACUGCUAAGGCAGUGUUCACAUUCUAAGGCUGGCUUGGUGACAGCUGCUGAACUGGUCAGCUACUGGCAAGAUGUGUUUGAGGCCAAUGAGAUCCCUGAAGCACGGGCUUCUUCUGAAUAUAUUGUUUCUCAUGUUCUGGGAGCAAAAACAUUUCAGAGCUUAAAUGCUGGCAACAUUUCUCCUUACUUCUCAGUCCAGCAGCAGGAACAGGUUGAGCAGCUGUGUGCAAAACGCCUUCAAAGAAUGCCAGUGCAAUACGUUCUUGGAGAGUGGGAUUUCCAGGAUCUGACACUCAAGAUGAAACCUCCGGUCUUCAUUCCUCGACCAGAGACUGAGGAACUGGUCACUCUUGUUUUGGAUGAAGAAUACAGGAAGAGGUUGCCCUCAGGCGACAGCAAAGAGCCCAGGCUGCCCCCAGAGACCCGUGGCCCUGUGAUCCUGGAGGUUGGCUGUGGCUCAGGGGCAAUUGCACUCAGUCUCCUGAAAAAGCUCCCUCAUAGCAAGGUCAUUGCUAUUGAUAAAUCAGAAGCUGCAGUGAAUCUCACCAAGGAAAAUGCAGAAAGAUUAAGUCUGCAGGAGAGGAUCAGCGUCCUUCAUCAUGAGGUCUCUUCAAGUUCUUGGAAAUACCUGCUGCCCUGGGGUUUAGUAGACACUAUAAUCAGUAAUCCGCCUUAUGUUUUCCAUGAAGACAUGACUCACUUGGCAACAGAAAUCCACAGCUAUGAAGACCUUGGUGCCUUGGAUGGAGGCAGUGAUGGGAUGAACAUCAUCAGAGAGAUUCUACAUCUGGCUUCUUUCCUCCUUAAGGACUGUGGAAGUGUUUUUCUGGAAGUUGAGCCCAGACACCCAGAGAUGGUGAAGAACUGGCUGCGUGGUCAACCUGACCUGCCUCUUGUUGUCUGCGAAACACACAAGGACUUUUGUGGAAAACUAAGAUUCCUGCAUAUUCAGAAGCAUGGGAGGUAAAGAUCACAGAAGAUCAGGACUAUUUCUGACUUCCUAUCAUUGUUGUCUUUAGCGUCCCUGGAUCCAGUGAAGAAUAUGUCUUUUAGAACCAGAGAAAAUCCUGUUGGCAAAAUCUUGGCAGUCAGCUUAGUUGUCCAGUGGGAAAAGAGAAUAUGAGUAGUUUAUAUUUAUGUAUAAAAUUACCGUGUUUCUUACACUUUUCUGUGGACUGGUUGCAUGGACUUUGAUCAGAUGUUUCAGAAAAACUGGACUCCUUUUGAUGUAUUUACUGGAAUAGAUGCACAUUUACUGAAUUAUUGGAGUGGGCAACUUGUCACCCACCCAGUUCUCAUGGCAUGCAGAUCCCAUCAGCCUUGGCUGUCAUAGCUGCUGUGGAAGAAUGAUGGAAAGUGGCAUCCAAAAACAUCAAGUGAACUGGAAGAACUCACUCCAGCCUGAGAAGUUUCAAAUAUGAGAUCAGUGAUGUCUAUUGAAUUGUAGCUGGUAUUUGAAUGCAAUAUAUAUUGUACAUCCUGCAUUGCGUGAAAAGUAUCACAACGGAUACUAUCUAUAAUAGCUUGUGUCAGAAAGUAGAAAGAAAGAAAUAUAAGAAAAUGGAAACAAAAAGGUGUUCUACUCACUUCAGGAUGGUUAAAAUAUUCAAUAUUGACGGAUGACUUCCUUUAAAAAAGCCUAGUGCUAUAAAAGAAACCCAAUUUUCUGCUCCAUUUUCUAAUGCCUGAACUAGUGGCUGCUAGGGAUGGAUUCUGAGACAGGCAGUGCUAGUGUGAGGAUCAUGUGCUGUCUUGCCUCGUGCAAGUAGACAUAGCAUCCAUGUGAUCAGAAUGCUUUGCUGUAAUGGAACAUUCCACCUGAAACACACUGUGGACCACUCUAAGCCUUGUAACAUUCAACACAACUUUGCAGCAAUAUUUUGACAGGAAGUUUUCAUAAAUGCAAAUGUUUAGUUACAGCUGCCACUUUGUUCUAGUGCACAGCUUAUAUAUGAUUGCUAAGGAAAACUGGAGAAAAGUCAAUUCCUUUGUUUUUUGUCUCUUCUUAUGGAUGCUAUCAGAAGUUUGAUGGAAGGCCAACUUUGCAGAAUAGACUGGAUAAAGUUAAACUUUAGGAUUUGAGAGGUGUGCAUGCCUCAGAUUCACUUGGAAAGUGACAAAAGCUAUUCUUAUUACCACAUGGAGCAACAACAUUUCUGUGCCAGAUACAUGCAAGCUAGCAAGUUCAUGUUAAUCUCCAGUAAAAUUGAAUGGGAUUUAUAUAUUGGCCUCCUGUUUAGACUUGUUUUCCUCAUAUUUUUGAUCAGGAAAAAUUAUUCCUCCUGCAUGAAUGUCUAAAGAGGAAGGAGAUGAACCUGAAAGAAAACAAAAACCCCAAAGUGUGUGUGACAAAUAGUGGAGGGUUUUCAUUUCCAAAUGGGUGGCUUGCUUCCUGGACAGAGCUAACCAAUAGAUGACUGACUGAAUAUGAACAGGAGCCGAAUAUAGACAAAGGAACGAGCCAGCUUGUGAUUUUACGCAAAAAAUCUCUUCUGGUACUUACUUCUUUCCUUGUGAACCUCUGGACAAGUUACUUGAAGGUGCAUUCAUGAGAUCAUCCUUAUUUAAGACUUAGGUAAUGCAAGGUAAUAUGAAAUAUAAAAUUAUUUUUUGUAUUAUUAUUAGUAUUAUAUUGUAUUACAUUAUAAUAUUAUCAAUAUUAUAUGUGUAUACAAUAUAUUAUAUUAGCACAGCACAAUUAGCAAUCUAUCAGCAACAGAUUCUAGUUCCUAAUAAUUUAACACAAAGGCAGCAAUGAACCAUUCCUGCCACUCUCCUAUGUUAGACUGCUGUUUUCUUUGAUAAAAAGGAGUACCAACCAUUAAGAUGUAUUAGGGUGCCAUACAUACUUGAGAGGACUUGGUUGGUGUUAGUUGCUAUUGACUUCCUCUUCAAUGUUAUCUUAAACCUGCAAUUAGUCUACUUAGGAAAAACUCAUUGUAACGUGUAUCAUUUCUAAUGUUACCUUCAUUUUUGGCCCCUUUGGUUCUUCUACAUAGUUACGUGGCGACACAGUUCUCAAAAGCAACUAAAAUGUUUUUUAUAGUAAUAAACAUCUUACUUACAUUAUA